AGCAUUGAUUAGAGCUAACAAGCGCAAAACUUUCGUUUGACUGCCGUGCUGGUUGCGUGAAAGAUAACAUUACCUCGCAGUUUCCGUGGUAAGUACGCUGCUUCGUUUUCAGUUACAUAAUCAAUUACUUCUACUUUCUAAAGUAUACCUCAGCAGUCGGUUCAUUGGUGAUUAGGCUAGUGCUCUGAGCUCGUCUUCCACAUAACCAUAGGGUAAGUUCGAGUUUUCGCUCCCAGAAGCUCAUAUGUAAGUUGCGUUUGCCUUUGCGUUUGCUGAUGAUUCUCGUCAAUUCAAUUCAAUUCAAUUUUAUACACACUUUUAUAAAAUAUUUACAUUAUAUAUAGCAAGGUAGGAAUACAGUAAUAAAGGAGAAGAAGAAGGAAAAAAAAAGAAAAUUAAUGGCUUGGGUAGAAGUGUACGGUGGUCAGAGGAGCUUAGCUUUCGAGCUAACCAUCGCCAUAUUAUGAGUGGAAAUAUAUAAUAAAUGAGCGCUUGUGCCACGGACGAUUAUGUCAGCAGUCAUUUUAUGCGAAAUAGUCAUAUUACAUUGUUACAUUUGAGAGUUAACUAGAAUUCGCUUGUAUUCUCUUUUGAACUUAUGGUAGCUAAGUGUUUUUAUCUUACUAGGAAUCUCUUCCCAAGUGUUAGUUAUUGCAAACGUUUGUGAGGGGAGUGGAAAGCAGAUCUUGAUGAGAUAGUUAGGGAUAUCUAUAGUGGCUUUGUGCCUAUGAAGGCCAGAUAGUGCUAACUCAGCUUGCGCUGAAUCCACUGGGGAAAGAAAAAAAACUAGAACUACGAUUUACUGGGGAGAAAGCAUUAGGUAUUAUUGCUGGUUUUCAGUGCCACGUCAUUCAAACUAGAUCAAAAUAAAAAUCGAAACCGUUGAAUAGAUAAAGUCCGGAAUCUGGGAAAUAAAAGGAGGUAAAUAUACAAAGACCCUCGCCAAGAUUCAGGCCAGAAGAAUAUUUCGUACACGAGAUAUCUAAAGAAAUGUUUUACCCAAAUUUAUAGAGAUUUGUAUGGAGACGCCAUGCCGGUGCCCACCUGGAUGAGCACCAAGAUGGCGGACGGAAACCAACAAAUACAUCUGUUACCGAGUUUUGGUACAAAAGCGUGAAUUUAUUCCUCGAGGAAUUCAUAAACAUUAAUGUAAUACUUUUUCUAAUUACAUGACCUGUUUAGAUAGCAAAAUUACCCGAAAUACGUCACUUUUUAACCUACAAGACAGCUCUCUCUCGGCCGUCAUGCAAAUGCCACGUUACGCAGUAGCUUAGAAAUUCAAGCGUACUCUAUCACAAAACCAAGAACCCUUUUGAAGCGAAAAUUUGUAUGAAAAUUAUUUUUCAGCUGCUCUAAUACAUCAUGAAAGUAAAAUCUCAGUAAGAUCGAUAGUUUUGUAGUUUGAAUGUUAGUAACUUCAUGUGAAAAUCAACAUUACUUGAGUGAAUUGUAGAUGCCAAAUUUGGACCAAUGCAAGCGAUUGUCUACAGCAUAAGUUUGGGGCUAACUGCUUGAACGGCAGAAAUCUUGAUGUGAGAACAGAUGACGUUCAACUUGAUUCUGUAGCCGAUACUAAAUUACUUGGCAUAAAGACAGACAACUGUUUUUAAACAACGUAUCGAAUAUAGGAAAGCGACUUGGCCUUUUGAAAAGAACAGAUAAAUUUCUGUGACUGAAAGCUGAGAACUUUGUUUUACAAGUCACUUAAUAUCCAGCUAAUACUUGACUACGGGGGUUAUAGUCUGGAGGACAUGAAGCAAACAAGCCGCACAUCCAAGAUUUCAAUUCAAUUCAAUUUUAUUAUUCACACUUUAUAAAAUGUUUACAUUAUAUAUAGUAAGGUAGGAAUAAACUAAUAAAGGAGAAGAAGAAGGAAAAAAAGGAAAAUUAAUGGCUUGGGUAGAAGUGUACGGUGGUCAGAGGAGCUUAGCUUUCGAGCUAACCACCGCUAUAUUAUGAUUGGAAAUACACAAUAAACGUGCGCUUAGUGCCAUGGAAAACUAUGGACGAUUAUGCCAGCAGUCAGGUUAUGUCAGACAGUCAUAUUACAAUUUUUACCUUUUAGAGUUAACUAGAAUUCGCUUAUAUUCUUUUUGGAAGUUAUGGUAGCUAAGUGUUUUUACCUUAGUAGGAAUCUCUUCCAAAGUUUUGGUUAUGGGAAACUUAAAUGUGUGUUUGCCGUAAUUUGACUUUACACGUGGUACAUGAAAGUUAAGAUUUGAGGCAUAUCUGGUAUUGUAUGAGUGAAUAUCAGACACCUUUACGAGGCAGUUUUGAAACACUUCAGGGAUAUUGGCUUCAUUUUGUGAGAUUUUGUGAGCUCUAUGUUAAAUAUAUCUAGAAGUUUGAGGUAGGGUGCACUACUUUCUCUAUUAUGGCUAAAAAAUAUGCAGCGAAUACAUUUAUUUUGUUUUGUCCGAACCUUAGUUAAUCUACUUGGGUAUGUGUUUCCCCAACUCAUAAUUCCAUAGUGAAGGAAGGGGUAGAUAAGUGAGUAAUAUAUUUGUUUGAGGGUGUUUAAAGUUAAGAAAUGGCGUAAAAUGAAAAGGAUUCCCAAGUUUUUAAAUUUUUGCUGUUUAUGUGCUGAAUGUGUGUUAUAUCUUUUUUGUACGCAAACAUCAAUAGCAUUCCGUUAUGGAUGAAUAAAAAAGUGGGCAUAAGUUUAGUCAGUCACUUCUGAGACAAAAACAAAGGAUUUUGCACCGUCAUUGGGGUGCAGCACAGUUCUCCUUCACGACAAUGAGUUGGUGGCGAAUAAAGCGCCACAUUUUGCUCACUGAUUUGGCCUCUUCACAGUUUAAUAAAACGAAAUACAGUGCUUGUGCCAAGCAAGAGCAUUCUAACGACAAUUUAACUUAUUGUAGCUAUUAUGGAUUCAAGGGCUAAACUACUAUUAGUUUCGCUGUUUUUGUUGGCUGUUUUUGAAUCGGUUUUUUUUAGCAGAAAACAUUUACAUUUUUGAGCAGACAUGACUUUUACCAUCCUUGAAAAGAAUGGUGGAACGUUAAGAGAAAAUGUUUUUUGUUUUUCUUCAGGCGUAAACACGGCUGAGAUAUUAGCAUACAUUUAAAAACCACAUUCAAAUUGAUGAAAACAAUGUGUAUAACUUCGAAACCUGGCUACGACGGGAUUUUUCUCAGCAAAAAGCCUUCUAAUCAGAGCUCUCUAGUUCUGAAUCGUGAUCGCGGGUCGAUGCACAACCCACCAGUUCAAGUACUUCUGUCCAUCUUGUUUUGAAAUGCGAUGUGGAAAAUGCUCGUGCUUGAUAAUAUAUUCAAGAUAUCUUGCUGCUUGCUUUUCAUGAAUGCUCACGUACCGUGCACACGCCUAAUUUGUUAACUAAAAUCAUAGUGCAUUGCGAAACUACUAGACUCACCGAAACGCGAAUUUAACUGGGCUGUCAUGGGGAUUUUUUUAACAAAUAGCAUAUUCCUUUCUUUCAAGAAAGGACUUUUCACACGCAGGAGUUAAAAUCCCACAUGUACUUUACCUCCUCACAUUUAUAGUGUACGUGUUCAGAACAGUUUCAGUAAAAUACAGGUUGUAUACAUAAAAAGGUAUGCAUGUUAAGGUGCGCUGUGAACUUUCAAGGUUUAUCGAAACUCGCUAAUCCUACAGCUGAGCUUUUGUUGCAUUAAACAGGAAGAAAUCAAUCUUUGAACAGAUUCUUCGAAGAUGGACAAACAUGCUUUAAGUGAUGUUACACGAGACGAUUCUUAACGACGAUUUUUAGGGCAACACGGAGUUACAACAUUGUACCAACAUCGCAACGAUGCGUUGCGCAUAAAAUCAUCGUUCCGAAUGGUCUAGCCUAACAUCACCUUGAAGAAGAACACUAGCAACAGCAGAGCGCGUUGCCUGAUCCAUAAAGGUGAUGUUACACAGGACAAACGCAAAGACAACUUUUAGCGCAACACAACGUUGAAAUAUGGAAACAGUGUUGCAAGCACCCAAACCAAUGUUGCAACGCUGUUUUGUGCUAAAAAUCGUCGUUACGAAUCGUCUCGUGCCGGCAUCACCUUUACUCGACGGCUUUUUCCGUUUUUUUUUUUUUUACUUUACACCAAGACCAUUCUCUCUUGUCGCAACUUACGUGAGUUUGGCGUCGCUCGCUCGGAGAAACUGGAGGUGAAUCAGUGAAUAGUACAAGAUAUUCACUGAUUCAGCAGCCAAUCAGAGCCCCCGAAAAGGUAAUGAUUCAUGAUAACCAUCACAAAUACAGAGACGUAUUUAAUAAUGACUUGGUGUACUAUGAUAAAGUUGAUGUUUGGUGUAGUUGGUGUAGUUACAGUAGCUGGUGUACCUAGUGUAGUUGGUGUAGUAUAUGUAGUUGCUGCAGCUGGUGUAGUUAGUGUAGUUGCUGUAGUAUGUGUAGUUGGGGUAGUUGGGGUAGUUAGUGUAAUUGCUGUAGUUGGUGUAGUUGAUGUAGUUGCUGUAGUAUGUGUAGUAUGUGUAGUUGGUAUAGUAUGUGUAGUUGCUGUAGUCGGUGUAGUUGGUGUAGUAUAUGGAGUUGGUGUAGUUGCUGUAGUUGGUGUAGUUGGUGUAGUUACUGUAGUAUGUGUAGUUGGUGUAGUUGGUGAAGUUAGUGUAGUUGCUGUAGUUCCUGUAGUUGGUGUAGUUGCUGUAGUUACUGUAGUUGGUGUAGUUACUGUAGUUGGUGUAGUAGCUGUAGUUGCCGUAGUUGGUGUUGUAUGUGCAGUUGGUGUAGUUGGUGUAGUUACUGUAGUUGUUGUAGUUGGUGUAGUUACUGUAGUAUGUUUAGUUAUGUUUAUGCGUAGUUGGUGUAGCUAGGUGUAGUUGGUGCAGUUACUGUAGUUGCUGUAGUUGGUGUAGUUAGUGUAGUUUGUGUAGUAAGGUGUAGGAUGUAGUUGCUGUAGUUAGUGUGGUUGGUGUAGUAUGUAUAGUUGGUGUAGUAUAUGUAGUUGGUGUAGUAUACGUAGUUGGUGUAGUUGCUGUAGUUGGUGUAGUUAGUGUGCUUGGUGUAGUUAGUGUAGUAUAUGUAAUUGGUGUAGUUACUGUAGUUGCUGUGGUUACUGUAGUCUGUGUAGUUGCUGUAGUUGGUAAAGUUACUGUAGUUGGUGUAGUUAGAGUAGUUGGUGUAGUACAGGUAGUUGGUGUUGUUGUUGUAGUUGGUGAAAUUGCUGUAGUUGCUGCAGUUCCUGUAGUUAGUACAGUCGGUGUAGUAUGUCACUGGACGAAAAAACGGAUUUACUAAUGUUUGCGAAAGGUGCAAAUAUGUGGUAAAUUUGGAGCUCCAAAUUUGCAUUACAUUUGCGCUGUCGGCUAAAGUGUGGGCAAAUACAUAUAUUUGCUAGAUAGGUAUUGAUACGCAAAAGUCAAGUAAAUGUAAUGGUUUGAUACAAAUUUGAUACAUAUUUGCAGCAUGGGCAAAUCUUGAACAUUUCUAUCAGUUUACUCAAAUUUACAUCCUUGGCAAAAAUGACAGUUUUCACUUUACUUCAAAUGCAGGCAAAAAUAUUGCAAAACCCCUAAUUUACAGUGGUAUUUGCUCUUGUUUUUCCAGGAUACCAAAAGAACACUUUUGCAUGUGGUUUACUCGUAUUUGCCUUAAGAGCAAAAACAAUAAAUUUCUAGACAUUUGGCUGUAUCAUAAAUUUGCACAUUUACAUCAUAAUUAUCCAUAUUUGCAAGGGGAGCAAAUAUAGUGAGCUGCAUAACAUUUGCUGACAGUCAAAGGUGAUGUGCAUGUGACAUUUCCUAUAUGUUUGAUCCGUUUUGUGACUAUAGUAAAUUUCCAAUCUCAACUGUAACAUUACAUUGUUACAAUAAAAUUUUCUACACGCUGUGAGAGUCUGCCCAGAGGUCCAACCCCUUACGUGCAUCUUUCCUGUUAACUGUUUUAUGUGCACUGUCAUUUUAAUAUAAAGGAAUCAGAAACCAGUUAAUUUUUUUUGACAAUUUUACAUUCACAAAUUUCUUCUGUUAGUCUUUUUACAGAACGAAAUGACAGAUAGUCUACCCUGUCAUAUACUUUAACUCAGGAAAUCCCUAUCCUUUCAUACCUGAAGCAUGAAAAAGGUGUCCCUUUCUGACAGCGCCCCUGGCAUAAACCUUUCCCGGGCUAUACUAAUUUAAAGCAAAUACACUAAUUCAAAUCCACUCGUUAUUAAGGUCCAGUAGUCAGAUCAUUGAUCCACUGUAUUUCCUACAGUCAGGGCCAUAGCCAGUAUGAGGCAAACCGAGGCACUUGCCUCUGUCAUUUAAGGUUUGAUCCUGGCAGUGUUUUGUUUCAACGUAGUCAUCAUAAAGACCCUGAAUAGCUAAUACAUAUACUGCAGGGUUCUUUCUAUAUUUCCGACAAUAUUUAUACUGAUUCUAGAAUAUUAGGGGCAUAUAUCAUACGGGACUUAUUUGUUGUAGUUUUGACUGACCACCUAAAGAUGACUACAUCUCGAUGGUGGGCUUCCUAAAAAUGACCACAUUUUGAAAACUCAACAGCCAAUACUACAACAAAAUAUGGUGAAACUGCUCACAAUUUUAUUUGAACAUUAACUCAGCUGACAAAUUUAUGAAAGGCUAAUUUUUCUUACUCUAUUGUUUGCAACCCUGAGUUUAAGUUUCACUGAUUUUAAUGUUGAUUUUAAGUUUUACUGUUCAUUAAGUACUACCUAUUCAAUCCAAAAAAGUCAUAGCAUUUCGGCUAGCUAAAAUUCACCUGAAGCCUGGUUAUUUGAACUUGGGAUACAAGGAGGAUCUACAGGAGCUACCGGUCGAAUUGUCAAAUCCUACCCGACAAAGCAACCCCCCCCCCCCGCCCCAUAAACAAUGAACAGACCUUUAUUGGGUUACAGGAUCACAGGAGCUCUGAGUUGGCCUUAGAUCAUGAAAAGUCUAGAGCUAUAAAGAAAAAACUAAGGUGGUGAAACAAAUUAACAUGCAGCCUUUAAACUUCUGGACUGGGUUGCUCAAAGAUGGGUUAAGAUAACACAAGGUUGGGUCCAGUGGUCAGAUCAUUUACUGCAUUUUUUGUACAUCAUACUAAAAAAUCAAAUUUGGUCCGAAAUAAAAAGUUUUUUGGAUUUCAAACUCAGUGUUGUGAUUAUUCACUUGUACAUAAUUUCCUCAUGGCCAUGCAUUUAACCAACAAACUUAAUUCAAUUUAAAACCAACACUUUUAGUUUAACCGGUAUUUGUUGUAGUUUUGACUGCCCACCUAGAGAUGACCACAUCUCGAUGGCCGGCUUCCUAAAAAUGACCACAUUUUGAAAACCCAACAGCCAAUACUACAACAAAAUAUGGUGAAACUGCUCACAAUUUUAUUUGAACAUUAACUCAGCUGACAAAUUUAUGAAAGGCUAAUUUUUCUAACUUUGUUGUUUGCAACCCUGAGUUUGAGUCUCACUGUUCAUUAAGUACUACCUAUUCAAUCCAAAAAAAGUCAUAGUAUUUUUGCUGGCUAAAAUUCACCUGAAUCCUGGUUAUUUGAUCUUGGGAUACAAGGAGCGGGGUUGUGGCUUCCCCAAAAAAUUCUGAUGAAGAGAGGGUCCCCCCCCUUAAAAAAUGAACAGACCCCUACUGGGUUACAGGAGCUCUGAGUUGGCCUUGGAUCAUGAAAAGUUGUAAGCUAUAAAGAAAAAACUAAGGCGGUGAAACAAAAUUAUUAACAUGCAGCAUUUAUUAUCCUUCCAGGCUGGGUUGUUUAAAGCCGGUUAAGAUAACCCAAGGUUAGUACAAAAUAUGAAUUCAGAUAUGACAGUUUUAAAAACAAAUUCAUUUGAAUUCCUUUUGUCUACAAUUUGGUGAUUUGAUACUUAAAAAAAGGGAAAAUUAUCUGACAAAAUGCUUUUGAUUAAAAGGAAAAAGAAACGCAGGUUAAAAUCUAGCACUGGGUUAGUGCUAAUCGGUCUUUGGAACAACUGGGCCCCGGUCUUUUUUUGGGUCCAAUUCUAAAUCACAUAACCACUUCGAAGUGAGUCAAUGGUACAUAACCUGGGCAUGUGUUAGAUUCCCCUUCUGUCAUUUGAUAAUAGUAAAGCCUAGGGUCGCACAAUGGGCAGGGAUCUCCAAUUACUAAAACUAAAAAUUCAAAAUGACACAGUAACUGUUGUAUACAGUUACAGAGGGCCCACACUACCUCCCCUUUACAUUAAGUAAAUACACUACAACAAAUCUACUGGACAAAGGUCCAGUAGUCAGAUCAUUUACUGUAUUUUUUCUACAUCAUAAUAUUAUUAUUAAAAAGCUAACAAUAACAAGGCCACCCACAGUACCUUAAAUUUGUAAAAAAAAAAAAAAAAAAAAAAAGGUUCUGUGCAUUUCAAAGUCAGGGUUGAGAUUAUUCACUUGUACACAAUUUCCUCAUGGCCAUUUAUUCAAGAAAAUUCACAUCAAAACUGACAAUUUUGUUCUUACCGCUAUUUGUUCUAGUUUUCACUGACUAUACCUAGAGAUGACCACAUCUUGAUGGUAAGCCUCCUAAAAAUGGCCACAUUUUGAAAGCCCAACAGCCAAUACUACAACAAAUGGUGAAAUUGCUUUGUAUUUCAUAUCAUUUGUGAAUAGAAACUCAGCACAGACAUGAAUGAAUAAUUUCUUUGCUGCUCUUUACAACCCUGAUUUUGAGUUCAAUAUGAUUUGUCUUUUUAAAACAUAAUAUCUGAGGCAUAUUUCUUAAGCUAUAUGUCAGUGCUAGUGAGCAGUCAUGGACUGCUGUUUUGAAGGGGCAUCCGAUAGCAAGAUAGCCUUUCCAAAAUCAAUGAGCAUUGGGUGGUACAUAUUGUUUACCUCUGUAAGAAUAAUGUUGUCACUCUUUAUAUCUCUGUGGGGAAACCUGUAUGAGUGCAAAUGUUCUAUAGCUUCACACAAUUUCAGUACAUUAUGUUCCCGCAGAACACUGUGAAAGGGACAUGAAUUUCCUUAGCAGGGCACCGCACAAAGAACAAGAAAAAUAAUAUUGUAAAGAUGGUAAAAAUAUAACCCAAGGAAGUACAUGUGAGGUUUCUGUUUUGUGACAUUUACCCCAAACAGAUGGGGUAUUGAUGGAUGCGAGCAUUCAGUAUAUAAGCUUCAAUUCUGUCAUCUUGUGAAGAGGAAAAAAUGAUUACUGUAAAUAAAUUGAGACCCACUGGAAUACCCCUGUAGCAUUUCUUCAUGCACAGACCACAAACAGCUUCCCCAUGUUGAACCUGUAUUUCAUUGAACUCUUUAUCUUUUGGAGAGUUCAGGUGAUGCAACUCAAUUUCAAGAACAUUGGAAAUAACUCCAGUACCACUCAAGGAAAAAUCUGAAACAAAUACACAAAAAAGUCACUAAACCCACUAAAAAUAACUGUUAAUUCUACCUUUAUUGAUAAUAUUGUGAAAUUAAAUGAAUUGUGUUACUUGUGUUGCCAUUAUCUUUAUGAACAUUAUAAAUACACAUGUGGCACAUUUUAGCAUUUUUGACCUUUUGACUCAGCUUACAUGUACAGCUGUAUCAUUAUAAACUAUUAUAAACAAAAUAACCUUGUAUAUGAAAACAUGACAAAACAAAACAGAAAAAAAUGACAGUAACGUACAGGGUGCAAAGAAAGUCAUUUUUACAGCUUGCCAUUCGGGCAAGCUGAAGCUAACAUUUACUAGCCCAAACGUCAUUUCAACUACCCACAAAAUUUUUGAUUUAACAGUUCUUCUGUAAGGUGAAUUCCUCAAACUGCAUUGUACUUGCCCGUCGGGCAAGUGAAGAACAGAAUUUACUAGCCCGAUAGCAAAAUCCGCUAGCCCCGGGCUAUCGGACACUACUUUCUUUGCACGCUGAACGUAUAUCAAAUAGAGGCUCCACCCUACCCCUGUCAAAAUCAAUGGUACAUGUACAGGUAUUACGCUCAAUGUGUCAAUAUAGCGCCAGAGGUAGUAUAAAUUACUCAAGCAAUUAAUCUUGAGCUACUUCUGCCAAAUACCAAUAAAUUAGCAUUUUAACAUUGCAUAACUACAUAUUUUGCUGACUUAACACCACUUAAAUUUUUCAACAAGGCUUUUUUCAGCUGGAUCACUACCACAUAUACGCACGCGACACGCGUGCUCAUACAUGCUACAAAUGUAAAUAUGGAUGCAAAUGUAGUUUAUUCCCGGUUAUAACAUAGAUGUGGCAGUAGAAGCACGAUAUACAAAGCAAAAUACAUCGACUUUACCUUUUAAAUUUCGAACAUCCUUGAGAAGAAAUCCAGCAACAUAGGCAAUCUCUUCCUCCCGCCAAAUCGCCAAAAGACCGCGCGCCCGAUUUCCCAAGCAUUUGCGCCUCAGUGGUGCUGGUCAGCGACAGUCUGCAUAACCGUUCGAGAACGAGGCACAACAAUUGAAAUUCGUCGACCGUUAACGCGUUCCACUGCCAUCGAUUUGCCAUCAGCUUUUACUUCCUACGUUUAACGCCAUAUUUAUCAAGAGGUUUCGAAUUUUCCUUCUUUGUGGGGUUGACUGUCGAGUAUGGAGGAAUCGGCCAGUCUUAUUUGUUCGAAUUUAUCGAACGAAUGUGUCCUCGAAGAACUUAUAAAAAUAAUCGCUCGAACUCGAGGGAACUGCAUACUUAUAGAUCCUUCGACGAAAAUCCACCAUGAAAGACAUCUAGAUAUCUCCAUCGGCGACGAUCAAGUAGUAACGAGUGGAUCCAAGAAAAGCAGCCGUUAGUACUUAGUAAAUAGAUUUCGGUGAAUCGAUGCUGUUUUAAUUAGCAGACAUUGUAAAACUAAGAAGAGGCAGGAGAAAUGUUGACGACAAACAAAUGCUGAGGGAGCAACUAAUCGGGAGUAAAAGAAAUGCUCAGUAAGUAUAAGAAAGUUCGUUGUUACUGUUAAGCCGCUAAUGAUGCUAUUUGAUAAUACCUACAUUUGCAUUCCAAUAUUCAGUAAUCAACAAGGACCAUCCCUACUCCUGAAACUUUAUUUGUCCUGUUGUUGUAAAAAAUACUGUAAUCUUUUGUUUGGUUGUUCUCUUCAGAUAAAUGGUCUUGGAAAAUUUAAUAAGAAUUGAAGCAAGCGUUAAUUCCCCUCUAUUAGGCCAAAAUUAACCUUAUCCUCUAGUGCCUAUACUUUCUCCAAAGGCUUUUCCAAAAUUUAAAAGGGGAGUAAAGGCAGUGACUGCCAUGGUGCUGAAAACAUAGUGUAGCUAGAAUUUAGAUCAUGGUACCCUGCUUUCACUGAUUGUUUUUUAUGAUCACCCCAUGUAAGGGAUUCUGGAAUCCGGGAAAUUUUUGCUUAUGGAAUCCAGAAUUCGGGCAAUUUUUGUUGCGGAAUCCUAAAUUCUGAGCUUUGAAACCUGAAAUACAAGUCAAACGAUUGGAAUCCAGAAACCAAGUAAUCCACUGAAAAAGGUCUUGGAUUCUCUCAUAUGAGGCAAUUAUAGUAUACUGUAUUUAUUCGAAUAAGCGCCCAACCUCGAAUUAGCGCCCACCUCGAAUAAGCGCCCAUCCCAAAGGCAGAAAAAGUUAAUAAGCGCCCAGCCUCGAAUAAGCGCCCACCCCACCCCACUCCCUCCCACACAAACUCAAAUAAGACAAUAAGAGACCCUCCCGAAGACGGAGUUUUCUUCAGAGUAUUUUACAGAUUGGGCUGAAACCUUGCUUUGUUACUUCUUCGCUUUUUGUUAUUACCAUUUAUUAUUUUGUAGCAAAAUAAACAUACUACACUUGCUGAGAAUGGCGAAAAUUUAAUAAGCGCCCACCUCGAAUAAGCGCCCACUAUCAAGGCCCAAAAAUUUAAUAAGCGCCCAGGGCGGUUAAUUGAAUAAAUACGGUAAUUAAACUUUUGUUCCCAAGAUACACUGUAAGUGAUGGCAAUAUUGCAGAAGAAGCAGGUUCAUGAAGUUUUAAGUAAUAUGUCAAUAAUGUUGUUAUGGUAGUGAUGUAGUGGGACACUCACUAUAAAAUUAAUACAAUGAUUUACCUGGAGUCAAUUGUCUUGUUACAAAAGGGUUUCUCGCAUUCAUUUUUUCGUUUUGUUUUUGCUCAAAGAAAGUCUUAGUUUUAACAGGUACAGUGUAAUCAGGAUUAUGAUGACCGCUUGGGGUUAGAUUUGAGACAUGAAAGUUACGAGCCAGCAAUUUGUUUAAACUAGUUAAUUUUGAUAUCAGUUAACUCAGGAAAUAAGUAAGUUUAGUCACCUAGUGUGACUGAGCCAGUAAUAAUACAUGUAAUAUCUAAUAGCAACCUUUUUUGCUAUAAACGGCUAGAAUAUUUAGACAGAAAAGGACAAUAGUAUUUUCCAUGACAAGCAUCUACAGCUUUAGUUUCAAUAUUAAUGGUCUCAAUUAUGUAUAAUUUCUGUUUGUUGCAGAAAAAACUGAAGAGACAACCCUUUUCCAGUCAACCUCUAUUUCGAAGAAGGAUUGGUGUAAGUUCAAAGCUUGUAUAAUUGUGGAGUACAUGUCUUCAGAGCAAGGCAAUACAGACCAAGGAGAUGACAAAUCCGAGAAAAGUGCUUUGCAGGAGGCCUCUACGUGGAGGAGUCAACAACUUAGCCUGUAAAAACCUCUUUGCCAAGCUGAACAGUAAAGCAAAAUUAAAACAGUCACAUGUAAGCUUGUCAUUACUCAAUGACGAUAGAAAGGACGAAUGGCUUCUCCUCAGAGCAGGAGGCACCAGAUAAUGCUCCUGAAUUUGCUUUGUGAUAAGGAAAUAUAAGUUAAUCCAAGGCUCUUAAAGAAAUUCCAGAUUGUUUAUGACUGGUCAUACUUACAGGUACAUGUACAUGUAGCUCUGCAAAUACAGUAAUCCUUUAAUCACUCUCUGUUUAUGACACUGUUUUUUAGAAAAAGAUAAAUCUGUGUAAACAGUACAAAUCCUGAUGGUGUUGAUUUGUCCUGAGAAUCUGGUGGCAGGUAGAUCAAAUUGGUUGAUGUGAUAAAUUUUUCAUUAGAAUCCUUUGGCUAUUGUUUGCAAGUAAUGUACCAGUCAGCAGGUUAAAAAGGCCAAUUAAUGUACACAUGUUUCUUUUAAAUCUGUUUGCUUAACUGCAGGCAUUUGAGUUCUGCUGGCACCACUUCACAGUACAUUUGUACCGAUUACAGCAAUUGCAACUGACCUGCUUGAACAAAAAAACAAAACAAAUUUAGGUACACCCUGCUUUUUGUCAUGAUUUAUUACGGAAUUUUGCAAAGGAUUGCAACAUGACUCAAGAAAAAGAGUAAUGAGAGACAGCAGUGUAGUUAUUUUGCAGGCUAGCCAGAUCAACCUUUUGUACUACAUGUACAUGUAUACUGAGUUUAAAAUAAUUAUUAGCUUCUUUCAUUGGGACCAACUACAGUGGCAAUGGUAAUGUUGACAUGCUGUGGAAUACUUAUAGCUGGUCAUUACUUUCAUGACCCUCAAUUUUCUUAGAACGGGGCAAGUACUAGAAGCUCCGGCUGGUACUUCCUCUAAGAGCAUAAUCCAAUACCAUACAGGAACCAUUAGCAACGAAAAUGAAGUUAAAGAAGUCUGAUCUGAAUUGAAUAGCUAUAUGUACCUAAACUAUUUCUUAGUUUGCUAAAUGCUAUAACACAGUUGUUAUACCAGCAAAAAUUGUAAAUUGGUAGCAAGAAUUAGGCCUUUCAUGCUAAUAGAGCCUAAAGGAAAAAAUGCCACCAGAAUCAAAUUUUGUUUAAUCUGUAAAUAGCAAUAAAUACAAAAAUACUAAUUAUUUAUUAAAAUGGGUGUCUUGAGGGUUCCAUUUCGUUGAAACAGGAUUUGGUCCUUAGAUACAAAAGUUUAAGUAAGAAAUAGUCUUGUCAUAAGUAAAUAUUGGUCCAAGGGUGAAAGGAUUUUUAACCUGUUUCUGAGUUGCAAAAACCUAAAGAACUGAAAUAGGUUUGAGGCAUGCAACUCUGAAACACCUACAGCUGUAUGUAGAAUAUCUUACACAUUUAGAUGAAGAACACUUUUCUUAUAAUAUUAAUAGUUAGUAAUGAUCUGAUAGAGCAUAGAGUGGAGACAAGUAAACAUCAACGAACAGUAAAAUUGGGAAUUAAUAUGAAGAGCUGUAUGUACAGCUUUAUACUGUAGUUUGUAAUGUCUGUAAUAAUGUGUAAGCCACUUUGGUUUAUGGAAUAAAUCAUUUGAACAUUAAUGGGAGGUCACUGCUAGAAUUUCUUUCAGUAACUUUAAUGUUUGAUUAAUUAUGGCCACUUGUUAAGAAACUGAAGUGAGCCAUAUUAUAAUUUAUUAAAAUUUUAUCGCAUUUGCUACAACCCAAGCAAACUCGUUUAAACCUUGGAAUUUACAUUUGCUACUGGAGAAAACAUGCUCAAUUUUAUGGGUUUGAUGACAUUUGCUUAAUUUGCUUUAAAGUCAGAAUUUGAUUACAUUUGCUACCUGAGCGAAAAAUUGUACAAUACUAACAGUUUGAUCAGAUUUGCUGCCCAAGCAACUUUGUUCAAAACUUGACUUUUGACCACAUUUGCCGCUACAAGCAAAAUUUUGUGUUUGAUCAAAUUUGCACACCCUAGAAAAUUUGUUCAAAGUUUAGGUUUGCUAACAUUUGCUUCUUGAGCAAACAUGUUUAAUACAAAGAGUUUGGUUACAUUUGCCAUGCAAAGUAAUCUGGUUCAAUUAUGAAAAUUUGAUCACCCAUGAUAACCCAAGCAAACAUUGUUCAAAUUAGAUACUUCGCUCACAUUUGCAAAGCUGCGUAAACGUUCUGAAAAUAACAGGUUUACAUGCUUUUACAUCUAAAGCAAAAGCUGUGCAAAACAGCAGAUUUGCGCUAUCAUUUGCGUAAUGUGCAAAUAUAGUUCAAAGAAACAUAUUUGCCUACACAUUUGAACCAUCUGCAAAUGACCCUCAAAUCCAUGGCUGCCCAUUAUCUUUGCACCAAGAUGUAAAUGUUGUGCAAAUGUGGCAUUUACCGUCAUUGCUACGGAUAGCAAAUCUAGUGCAAUAUCAGUCUUUGCUCUUGCGCAAAAUUGUGCAAAUGUGGUAUUUGCUACACAUUUGCUGUAAUUUGGCUACCCUAGUAAAUCCAUUUUUUCGCCCAGUGUGUGUAGUUGGUGUAGUUGCUGUAGUUUGUGUAGGUGGUGUGGUAUAUGUAGUUAGUGUAGUAUAUCUGGUUGGUGGAGUUGGUGUAGUUUGUGUAGUUACUGUAGUUAAUGUAGUUGGUGUACUUACGGUAGUUAGUGUAGUUGCUGUAGUUAGUGUAGUUGGUGUAGUAUGUGUUGUUGGUGUAGUUAGUGUAGCUGCUGUACCUUACUGCAGCUGCUGUAGUUUGUGUAGUUGCUGUACUUUCUAUAUUUAGUGUAGUUGGUGUAGUAUGUGUAGUUGCUGAAGUUACUGUAGUUUGUGUUGUUACUGUAGUUGUUGUAGUUAGUGUAGUUGCUGUAGUUAGUGUAGUUGGUGUAGUUACUGUAGUUGGUGUUGUUACUGUAGUUGUCAUAGUUGGUGUGGUUGCUGUAUUUUGGUGUAGAUUGUAUUUUGGUGUAGGUUGAGGUAUUUUGGAGUAGUUGGUGUAGUUCGGUAUAGUUUGGUGUAGUUGCUGUAGUUUUUGUAGUUAUACAAGAUUUUAUUCUAACAGAUAAUAACCAAAAAUACGUAAAUUGUAACUUAUCAACUACACCAAGUAGAGCAACUACACCAACUACACCAACUGCACAUACUACACCAACUACACUGACUACACCAACUAGACCAACUAAUUAAUAGCGGUAAUAGAUUCAUGAUAACUGUCACGAAUUUAGAGAUGUAUUUAGUAUAGUAGAACAAAGUUAAUGACUUGGUGUAGUAUGAUAAGUUAAUGUUUGGUGUAGCUGGCGUAGUUAGUGUAGUUGAUGUAGUUAGUAUAGUUGGUGUAGUUAGUGUUGCAGGUGUAGUCAUUACAAGCCGCAGGCUCGAUUUUCGGGGGAUAGCGACGUUCAACGUCGCGAUCUUCGCAUAUUUCUGAAGGGCGAGGCGCCAAGUCUAUUGUUUUGAACCAAGGGUUAUAUUACAUCAAGAGACCCUGAGCCUAUCUUAAAGCUGUCAACAAUGCUCGUUUUAUUGAGCAAUCUUUCAUCUUUGACACUUAAUCCAGUUUAUCUUAAGUCGACACCCAACGUAGUUGCUAUUCACGUGCACUGUCGAAAGCAUAAUAUUAAACAGACUUCGAAAAUUCUGCAUUGGAGCUUCACUCUUCGGCUUUAAUUUUAGCCGACCCACUCAAUAAACAAUAAAUAAGAACAAUACUACCGAAAAAUCAUUACAACUGAGAACUUGAUGAAUAAAUAAUGAAAACAACAACUCAAUAAUCUCUCAGGGAGAUCACCCGCCAAAGCGGAUACCCGCGAGGUUUGUUCGGUUUCAACAUAGACGGAGGAAAUUUUUACAUCGCUAGUAUAAAUCUGGCCUAAUUGUCACAUUUGAUCGAAGAGAGAUAUUUAGGCAAAAAAAUAUCACAGUUCACAAAUGAUUUAGACAUUAUCUUAAUAUUUUACCUUAAACUGUCGAAAUUAAAGUAUUGCCGCCCACGGACAAAACUAGCUUUUUUCCAGUUUGCCUACCCUCUAUUUCCUUGGUUACCUUCUGAGCUCCAAUGUUUAACAAUGGAUGGAUAAAGUAGUUUCAUGUAUUUUACAUAUAGCUAGAAAUUUAAGUUAGGGUCACCUUUACCCCCUAUUCCACUUUUCCCAAAAGGCAAAAAAAAUGAAUAAUUUUACUCUUGUAAUCCUUGGAUUUGUCAAUUAUAAACUACUGUUCUGGUAAUCAAACUGUCGUGUGGUCAUUAAACUUGUCAUGACAAGUUUCUAUUAAAAAAAAUGACAAACCCUUUCCCUUUCUUCUACUAUUCAGCCUAGCCUAGUAAAAAUAUUUUGAUGCCUCUUGAAAUGUCUUCAUUUACUGAACUCGAGAUAACUUUUUGGAAUACUGUGUCUAUGUUGAACUACAAAAAAAUAGAAACUAGCACAAGCUUAAGAAAAGGCAUCCUCGGAGACCCAGGGGAAGUCAGUCGGGUCGGGAGAAAAGGUGGGACGAACGUUUUCAAGUAGGGGCGAAAGAGUCCCUGGGUACCGACUCUCACCCAACUAUUUCCAGAAAUUCAAGCGGAUACCGGCUCCUGAAUGGGCACAAAAAAUGCUUUGUAUUAUUGUGCUCAAUCGACGAACAGUUUCUCCUGAGUUCUUUUCGUGGGUCGUACACGACGGCUAUUGUCUCGAUCACGGCUUGUCUGGUUCAUGUACCAAAGAAAUGCACGCAGUCAGGAAACUUUCGGUUUGAUAUAAAAUCCCCGUCUGAUUUCAAAAUACUGUCUACCCGAAGACUAAAGACGCUUUCUAAAAAUACAAGCUUGAGCUUACAACAGGUAUUCACUCUUGAAUCGGUCACGUCUUGCGUAAAUAUCGGGGAUUUUUUAAAAGAUACCACGACGGCUGUCAGCCACGAAAACGUCGCAUGGAAAAGUGAAUUCACAUUUUUUCAGUCUCUACCGUGAUUAGUCCAACUCGCUUACUUUGUCACAUGCAAGCGAGCUCUUCUGGAGCUGGAUUUCUAUCAAACAUAUCCAAGUUCAUGAAGAGAAUGAAUUUUGUCAUUGCUUGUUUACGUCCUUCACAAAACGUGAAAUUAGGCAUUUUCACGGAUAGUCGUGCAGUUGACAGCAAAGAAAUGUACAAAAAAGCGUGAUGCACGUGCAAAGUUGUUGUUUUGCCUUAUCAAGCUAUUGCUUAUUUGACUUUCUCGUCGCCGCCGCAUCUUAAACUUCCUAUUAUUUACGAUACAGAAUAUUCUCGUGGCAAAUUGAAUUGCUCCCGCUGACAGGAUCCCAAACUUUUUUCCGACUCAUCUGUAGUUCCUUCGUUUCCAGUUAGGAAAGUAGAAAAUAAAAGUUUCCCUUGCACGCACAAGCUUGGUGAACGAACCGGGCAAUAGCCGUCGUGUACAAACACACGAAAAGAACUCAGGAGAAACUGUUCGCCGAUUGGGCACAAUAAUACAAAGCAUUUUUUGUGCCCAAUCAGGAGCCGGCAUCCGCUUGAAUUUUUGGAAAUAGUUUGGUGAGAGUCGGUACCCAGCGGCUCUCUUGCCCGUACUUGAAAACUUUCAUCCCACCUUUUCUCCCGCCACGACUGACUGCCCCUGGGUCUCCGAGGAUGAAGAAAAGGAGACAAAGCCUCAUAAGUUUUUGGAUCUGUAAAUUUAAUUAAAGGCUAGUUAAUGGAAGUCAUUUCCACAAACGAUGGGUCAUACUUUUAUUUAACAGAAAAUAUAAAUGAUUCAUAAUAACCUUAAUUAAUUAACAGACAAGUUUUAUAGAAUUUUAGGAUCAACCAGAACAAUAUAAGAUGGCAUUAUUGCUUGAAUUUCUACCUUCACGACACUGUGGUGAUAAAUGUGUUCCAGGAUGGUGACCUUGCUUCCUCGCAAUGAAGCUUGUUUGAAUAAACGCGUGCUGCAUCCAAAGAGAAACCGGGGUGACCGAACCAUAUGAUUGAAAAAAUACCGUCAGUUUUAUAGAAGAUAAUUAUCGCUAAACUUCACACGAAAGUUUGCGACCGGGUACUCUGACGUUGCUACGAAGAUAUUAUUUACGGUAUAACUGCGGUGUUGGCAGGCCAAUUUCUCUUCAUUAAAGGCAUUAUUUACAUGCUUUUUGGGGGGAGGAGAUUUUAAUAUAGUGGGUUUUCUUAAAGUUUACAGAAAGUUUAUUAGCUGAGCAGUAGCUAGACUUAAUCAAUUUACAGAAACAAUGCGCCAGAGUAAUGCUAGACAAAAAAUGAGACACCCCCUCGGGGCCUUUAAUUUAUUUAGAGACCUUAAAGGGGCUGUGUCACGAUAGUACGCAUGUGUGAGCUUUGACAGUAACUGAUUGUUUUUGAAUCCUCGGAAGCGAGUAAGAUGCACCCAAGGAAAUUCACAUAAUUUAAGAUUCAUUGUUCGCGAAGCGGGAGUCGUUUUUGUCCGAUUUUAUAAAUCCCCAUAAUUCAUAUUUAUUGUCUGGUAUUCUUCAGACAUAUAUAUGUUGCAGCCGAUAAAAAUAAGAUUAACAACCCUGUCCUGCUUUGAAACAAACAUUUACCUACGCGUAUUUUCACGUACCCACGCUAGCAAACUAAUUUGUAAACAAACCUUACUGAUCUCUCUGUUUUCCCUAUAUAAACUUAGAAUUACACCAAGAAAAGUAGCUUCCUUAACACGAUCAAUCGAAUAAUCAGGGGCACCCAACGAGAAUAUAGUUCAAAACCACUUAAACAUAGCAUUGUUAAACGUAUUUUAGUAUUAAACGGUAGAUAAAGAAAUAUUUUUAUCCCCUAAAAUUUUUUCAUCUGUUCGGAUUUCCUAGCUGAAAGUCUAGUGAUCCGAAAAUUAUAGGGAUCAAAACUUACCUUUUCGAAAAUUUCAGCCAGAAAAAAGGCUCCCGAAAAUUCUAGGUGACCUUUUAAGGGUAAAAAUCCGUUAAAAAUGGGCAACUAUAGUAGUUUUUAGAUGUUCGAAAAUCCUAGGAGAGGCAGGCAAGCAAAAAAUUUUACAACAAAUGUUCCGAAAAUUCUAGAUCUCAAAUCGUCUUCCGAACAGAUAUUUUCCGGAAAAUUGUCGUUGGGUGCCCCUGAAUAAUUACUAAUAUUAAAAGCUAGAUCAAGUGUUUGCCUGUUUUGUCUCGGUCUGAAUAUGAUAAAAUUAGAUUUCUUAACAUUAAUAGAUAGCUUAUUUGUAUAAAACCAACACGUUAUCUUUUUCAAUUCUAAAUUUGCAACUUCCAUAAGAUAGGAAGCAUCAGUAUGCGAAUAGAAGAUAUUCGUGUUUCUGUCCCAUGAUCGACCGCCAAGUAGGCAUGUAAGCAAAUCCAUGGCACUGUUACAAAACCGUAAAUCACUGUUCCAAGUCUUAAGGGCGAUAUCCUGACCCUGGUCUUUCCCUAGUGAUCCUCGGCCUGAUUAACGCACACCAUGAUCGAAUUUGAAUGUAGCUCAUUUAAAGAGGUCCAAUUUCACUGCAGUUGGUGAGCAUAGUUGAAAAUAUGGUUGAAUUUAGGAACAAGUACAGCACCGGCAAAUAAUGUAAGUCCGAACUGAAUCGUGUAUUGUUUAUGAACUACUAAUGCUCCGUUAUAGAUCGUUUUCACUGUCACACAACAAAUAAUUAAAUUGGAAACCGUCCAGUGGAAGAAGCCAAGAAAAUGACAUGCUAUAAAAGACUAAUAUAUAAACAUUUUGUCCAAGUCUCAGGUCUUUGUGGCCUACAGUUUCUAAGUUAUUUGCCGAAACGUCUCACGCACCUUUGUAAAGCUUUGUAUAGCAUUCCUAUUUUGGUGUCACGCACAGUGAAAACUCGGAAGUUCAAAUUGCUGUAUUUUCCAAAUGAAACAUGCUACGGAAAUGGAAACCUGUACAAAGACUUACUUUUUGUUUAUCUUCAACCUAGUGGAAAUAAGAAUUCGUGAAACCUCGCUAUUUUGACUUUACAAUUUGUUGACGUCACAGUGAAAACCAUCUAUAGGGGACAGUUUUAACACGCGGCCAAUGUUAAAUUCCCUGCUAAGUCGCGGGGGUCGGGGGGCCGUAGUUUCAAUUAACUGAUGUAUUAUACUCUCAAUGAAAAUGAAAGUUAAAUCACAUGAAAUUUUAUCUUUUACUUUGACAAGUAAUGUCUUUAAAUGGUUUGUUUACAGUGCCUUGCUUGCCUGCGAGAACGUGAAGUUUUUUUUUAAACCAAAAAAAGUUUUCUUGGAAACGCUGCCUCCAGUGGUGUGAUAUUUCAAUUUAUGCAGUUGCUAACGACGAGUGCAAGAAACAGCCAUGUCUUCCUUCCGAUGUUUUACAUGUGUCGUCUUGGUGGGAUGUAUUGCUAGCAGUCUUAUAUAUCUGCACAUUACCCUUUCCUGGAGAAAGGGUUUUGGCAAAGAACUUCCAGCAGUAUACGAGAAUGGAUCAAAGGUGGAUUCGUUAGGUGUCAUUCAGAAGCAUUUUGUUUACCUUCUACAAACGGAGCAAUGUCUUCCUUCACACCUUGCAGAAUCGAUUGGUGUCGCUGAAAAUUGCAGUUGUGAUAUCAUAGUGUUAAGCUAUCAAGCAAAGUGCGACAAAUCAAUAAUUCCAUCUCAUACAUCCUACAUAUUUUAUCCACAAACUACUUGGGGAACAGGAAGAAAUGCGCUCUACUUUACGGCCAUAAACAGAAGACUACCCUACCGUUACUACAUAUUUUUAGAUGAUGACGUCACCUUUAGCUUCAAUAAAAUGACUCCGCCUGAUUUGAGAAAAACUCAACCGCUACGAGUCGUGCAAGACUGGCUUUUAGAAUAUGAACCAGCGCUUGGUGUUUUAGACUAUACACCGCAUCAUGGUGCCGAGUGGACUUUACAAAGAAGAAGAGAAAAGUGUGGAAUUCACGACACACCACUAGUGAUGCCAGUGGUUUGGUUCGAUGCUCUUUUCCAUGCUUUCCACCAUAAGGCUGUCGCUCAUAUUUUGCCAUACAACAUGAAGUAUGAAAAGGAAAGUUGGACGGUGUCAGCUUUGCAUAUCAUGGCCGUUGUUGGGUUGAAAUUCCGCGGCCAAGCACUUCUGUUUGCAGCAGUGACUGCUGGAAACCCGAAACAUCGCAAUUAUCCUCGUUCUGGUGAACUUUUUGAUGAGGCAUGGCGAAGCUUUGUUGAGGAAAUCCAACGUGAAGUGCCGACAGCUUACCAAAACUACAUCGUAUUAGAAGAGCAUAAAGAAAACUUAGGUCAACAUUCUUUGAACUCGUCAACGUACUGUAUAAAUGCCACCCGUCACCAUCCAAUUGUGCCAUAUGCAUAUUUAGCCCGUGAAAGCUUAAAGCACAAGGUAAUCCUUGAUUAAUCUUCUUAAUGAAACUGUUCUAAAAACUCAGUGAAAUGAAAGCAGUUCAUUAACGUGUUAGGAAUGUAGCCACAUCUCGGGUUGCAAACACCACCGAAUUAGGUUUAGUUAUACGUGACUGCUCGUUUGCAUUAACUCAGUUCAAUACUAAAUAUUUCAUUUUUAAAAGGGUGCGCUUCGCCCUCUUGUGUCUCUUGAAUAAGUUCCCCAUCUAGCCUUAAUGGUCGAUUUUUCUGUUUAUUCGUCCCAAAAUCUUACAUUGUUACGGUGCAUGUAACUACAUGUAUCAUAGAACAGGAGUUCUUUACAAAGCCUACUGGGCUUACUCUAGGAUGACCACUGGCGGUGUUUAUAUAAUGUAUUUAUUAUUAAUUACAAUUUUUGGUCCACUUUCCGUCAGCCCGAAUUGCAAGCAGUUUUUAAUUUUUUUUUUAUUAUUGUGUAUACUAUGAUAGCAAACUUUUAACAAUAUCAGAAUACUGUUAGUGUAUUUCCUUUGAUGCAAACACUUCUUGGUUGUUAAAGUGUUUCUGUUUUAUUUUUUUCUUUCUCGUUCAUUCAGUUUACCAAGCACUGAAAUACAUUAAUGGCAGAAGACUGAUUUUAAUCAGUACAACACCACCGAUGGAAAUCGAGUAUACCUACAGUAUACUACUACAUGAGAAAUUUCUGCAAUUUGAUUGGCUUAGAGCAGUGGUAUUUCAGCUUAAUUUGAAAUACCUACAUGUGAAAAUUACAAACCUUUGCUGGUAGUAGUAUAAACAAAUAAUAGCAUGAUUUGUAUGUGAUAUUUGGCAUAAACACCACUUGUGAUAUUUCAAAAUUGUCUCAAAUUUCACUCGCCUAACGGCUCGUGAAAUUUUGUAUAGCAAUUUCGAAAUAUCACGCGUGAUAUUUAUGCCAAAUAUCACUACAAAUCAUGCUAUUACCUAUACUUAUACUACUACAUGAAAAAUUUCUGUAAUUUGAUUGGCUUAGAGCAGUGGUAUUUUAGCUUAAUUUGAAAUACCUACAUGUUAAAAUUACAAAAUCUUUGUGGGUAGUAGUAUAAACAAAUAAUAGCAUGAUUUGUACGUGAUAUUUGGCAUAAAUACCACUCGUGAUAUUUCGAAAUUGUCCAAAAUUUCACUCGCCUAACGGCUCGUGAAAUUACGUAUAACAAUUUGGAAACAUCACUCGUGGUAUUUAUACCAAAUAUCACUACAAAUCAUGCUAUUACCUAUACUAAUAUUAGUUGUAUUUAUGUAUUUCAAAUUAAUUUGACAACUUUUUAAUUUAGUUUAAUAUUUACUUAUCUUUAUUCGUACCUGUGUGGACAAUACCAACCGUUCGAGACCGUUUUACGAAUCAUGUAAGGACGAAAAUAUUGAACCAAGAACAAGCUUUAAUCCUUAUUUGUUCUCAUAAUUUUGGGGUGCAAGAGCUUUUAAAGAUAACCUGAUAGAAAGGCGUUGAAUGAAAGAGAAAAAUAAAGCGAUUUGAUAUGAACGUUUGCAAAGAAA